AUGUCUUCAAACGAUCAACCAAAGACAAUUAGAGACGCCAUUAAACUUGGUGUAGAAAAUGAUAUCGCCAAAGCAAAGUACUUCUAAGAUAAAUCUGAGGAAAGACAACUCGAGAAAAUAGAAAUUAAGUAUUAAAAAGAGAUGAUAUAAAAGCAAUUUUUUACUGAUGAGAGAAAACCUGAAUAUGGUGAAGAAAUGAGAGUUGCAAAAUACGUUGAUACUGCUCUUGGUGACAUUAAAGCUUUUUUUAAGGGCAUCAUUGGUGAUGACUAUGAACCUAAAAAUAAUUUUUCUUUUUCAUAAAAGUAAAAAAUAUUGAAUUAUUUGUACUUCAGAAACAAAGCUGAUAUGGAAAGCCCUCUCAAAUAUAAAUCAGCAUAUGGUGGUAUUGAAGAGUAGGACAUGUAUAUAUACACUCUCGAAAACAGAAUUUAAGGUAUAAAUAAGCUAAAAUUCGAUAAUAGAGUUUUGUACAUUAACUAAGUCGCUUAAUGUCAAAAUCGUAUCAGAUUUAAUGGAUUCUUUUGGGGAAUCUUCGCUUCUAGUAUUUGUUGGGGUACUUUUAUGAGAAAAUAAUCAAUUAUAAGAAAGGUCUGUCUGACUUUAACCUUCACGCAUAUAGGAGGUUAAAUAGCAUCAUAUAGAAGCAUCGAUAGAGUAUUUGAUUCAUUGUAUCCAAUAUUCUUGAAAGACUAUGAUCAAUUCUUCAUUGAUGAAGAAAAUAGAAAGAAAGAACAUGCAGAGGCUGGUGGUAUUAAAACUGAUGAAAUAUAAAUUAUGAUAGAAGAAAAUAUGAAACAAAUAAGGAAGGGCAAGAAAUUAGCUUAAUAAAAAGAUGAAGAGUAUUUUGAAUGA